AUUUAUAUGUCCAUGUGUAAACCAAUUUGAAAAAUCAGUUUAUGACAACCACAAGAAAUAGAAAAAUUCAACUCUGUGAAGAUAAAAUAUACAACACUUAUUCUUAACAUCGGAUUAACUAGUAACUAGUAAAAUAGCAAGUUCUAUUGAUCGAUCUCGUAAAAAUGUCAGUAGAUUGGAUUAGCAUGAUUGUUCACAGUGUUUCUAUUUUCUUUUUGUUCUCAUAGAACUUAACAUGAAUAUUUUGGUUCCUGUAUUUGACCAAACAAACAGUUGACAACUAUAGUAAUUUGCUAUAAUUUUUUAAACUAAGUUAUAAUUUGUAUACACAUUCUGAUCUAUUGAUGGAAAACACAUGGGAUUCAGUACAUUUAAACAAUAUUAUCUGCAAAAUCCAAAACUAUUAUUGAUGCAGUAUUAUAACAAUAAGAAGAAUAUUAUGGAUGUAAAUUGGGAAGUUAAUUCUAUGAUGGAGUUUGAUCAUCAUCAGAACAUUGCUAGAGCAGCUUUUGGAGAUAUGCUCUACGAUAGUGAUAGAAAUCAGUUGUAUUAUAAAGCAUUAAAAAAAGAAAUCACUAGAUUACACAAAGCUAACAAAAAAGUCCACGUCCUAGACAUUGGAACUGGUACUGGUCUAUUGGCCAUGAUGGCUGCUAAAUGUGGUGCCGAUUCUGUUUAUGCUUGUGAAGAAUUUGAAGAGUCUUAUAAAUGUGCAAAAGAAAUAAUAAAGUCAAAUUAUUUAGAAGACAAAAUUGUUCUUAUCCAUAAGAGUUCUCAAAAGUUAAAAGUUGGUGUAGACUUACCUCAUCGUAUGAAUUUAUUAGUAACAGAAGUUUUUGACACAGAACUGAUUGGUGAAGGAGCUAUUUCAGUGUUCAAUCAUGCUCAUCAAGAACUAUUAACGGAUGAUUGUAUUGUAAUACCCUCAGAGGCUAUUGUUUAUGCUCAAGUAAUCGAAAGCAAGUAUAUAAGAAAUUUUAAUAGAGUUAAUGAUGUAUAUCAUAAUAAAAAGUUAUUGAUUAAAAUACCCGAUAACAUAAAGAAUUGCCAAGGUAUUGAAAGUGUAUUUGAUUUACAACUCAGUGAACUACCAACAGAGUCUUUUAAAACUUUAAUUCCUGCGCAAGUGAUGUUCAGAUUUAAUUGGAGUGAUAAAAAUGGUGUUAUAACCGACCGCAAAAAUGCUAUUCGUUGUAAAUCAAAAGAAAAUGGUAUUGCUCAUGCUGCAUUUGUUUGGUGGGAUUUAGCUAUGGACACUGAUGGUGAUAUUAUGUUGAGUUGUGCUCCUAAAUGGCAUUUAAAACAGAAUAACGUACCUUGGAGAGACCAUUGGAUACAAGGAGUGUAUUACUUUGCUAAUGAAGUGAACCUAAAAACAAAUGAAGAAGUUAAUCUAAUUGGUUACCACGAUGAACUAUCGUUUUGGUUUGACUCCAAUAAGUCUAGUUCAUAUUUAGAUGUUCCUUUUCCAUACUGCGAAUGUGAUUUUCAUAGAGUUAUCAGCAGGACUCUUAUAGGACAAAUGAAUGAUCAUUAUCUUACAAACAAUUAUUUAACCGCAUUGAAAAAAAAUGUUCAACCCAAUAGUGUUUGUUUAUUUGUUGGCAACUUGUCAUUUAUGGGACUUGCAGCAGCUCUAUUUGGCGCAGCAAAGGUUUAUUACUAUGAUGUUAGUGGGCCUCAAAGUUUUGGCAAAGUUUUACAUUCAUAUAUAAGAUCUAAUGAUUUAGAAGAAAAAGUUGUUUUAUUGAAAACAUACAAAGAAGUAUUGGAAAUAAUUUCAAAACAAAAAGAAAAUGAGGAAGAAAUAUGCACAGUAUUUAUGGAACCGUCUAAAUGGAUUUUACCUGAAUGGAUUGAUAUUGUGAGACAUUCGUUGCAAGUCAAUCCAAAAACUAAUAUAUUUCCAAAAGAAGGAACUGUGAAAAUACAAGCAGUAGAAUUUGAUGAUUUAUGGAAAAUUCGAGCUCCGUUGACUGAAGUUGAAGGAUUUGAAAUAAUACCAUUCAAUGAAAUUGUUCAGGAGAGCAUAAAAAUAUCAGAUGGAUUACUUGAAGAAAAACCGUUGUGGGAAUACCCAAGCAAAAGUCUAUCAAAUGCUUAUGAUUUGUUUACUUUGAAUUUUGAAAGCAUAGCAAAUGAAUCCAGUUUAAUACUGAAAAACUUACUAUCUGUAAAAAUCAAAAAUGAAGGCAUUUGUCAUGGACUUGUUUGUUGGGUAGAUUGGUGUUUGGAUACGGACAUACAUAUUUCAUUUGGCGCUUCAAACAGAAAGAUCUAUAACUUAGAUUGGUAUCCUUAUGCACGACAAAGGAUUUAUUUUUUAAAUAAAUAUAGAAAUGUUAGUUCUGGUGAUGUUAUAAAUUGUGAUGCUAUUUUAUGUAAAAAUGGCAAUUUGUUAGUUAGUUUUUGUAAUACCUAUGAUCAUUAAGUUACUAAAUUCAUAUUUUUGUAUUGAAGUUUAUUUAUUUUUUACUAUUUUAAAACAAUAAUAACAGUAUUGUUUUGUGUAUUAAUGUUAAAUUUUCUGGAUGAUCAUUUAUAUGCUCAUAAAGAUAAUAUUAUAUUAAUACCUUCACAAUAAAAAUUAAA